UGUAGAAGUUAUUCUUAUAGUGACCCGCUAGGGUUUUUACCUUCCUAUUUCUCCAAACCGUCCUUUGCCACCGCUCUGUAUCUCUUUCUUCCUUAUCAAUGGUAGGCGGUUUCGAAGUUGGCGCCGUCCCUUUCAACCCCGACGGCUGGGGUCCGCCAGACGCCACAACGGGCACCACCACAUCCACUCUCCCUCUCCACGUUCCCUUCGCCCCCUUCUCCCGAUCAGAAAAACUCGGUCGGAUCGCCGAUUGGACCCGUAACGUCAACAAUCCUAAUGCAAAUCGGCCAAACGCCAACAAGAACGCUUCGGAUUCCGUUUUUGACUUCACCGCCGAUGAUUCCUUCCCUGCUGCAGCUGGUGCAGCCGAUGAUGACUCGACCUUCCGUCUCGUUGAUGGAAAACCUCCUCCACGCCCUAAAUUCGGCCCUAAGUGGCGAUUCAAUCAACACCGCCCGCAACUCCCUCAGCGUCGCGAUGAAGAGGUGGAGGCUCGCAAACGUGAGGCGGAAAAGGAACGGGCGCGCCGGGAUCGCCUAUACAAUCUCAAUCGAUCCAAUCAAAACCAGCCACGUCGCGAGGCGGCAGCUUUCAAGUCAUCUGUGGAUAUCCAGCCGGAGUGGAACAUGUUGGACCAGAUUCCCUUCUCAACGUUUUCAAAGCUGUCAUUCUCAGUCGCUGAGCCAGAAGAUUUACUUCUCUGCGGCGGGCUUGAGUUCUACGACAGAUCAUAUGAUAGAGUCACCCCUAAAAACGAGCGUCGUUUGGAGAGAUUCAAAAACCGAAACUUUUUCAAAGUCACCACGACUGAUGAUCCUGUGAUUCGGAGACUUGCCAAUGAAGAUAAGGCUACUGUGUUUGCUACGGAUACUAUCCUGGCAACUUUGAUGUGUGCGCCUAGGUCGGUAUAUUCGUGGGAUAUUGUGAUUCAGAGAGUUGGAAACAAGCUCUUUUUCGAUAAGAGAGAUGGUUCUCAGCUUGAUUUGCUUGCAGUGCAUGAGACCUCACAUGAGCCAUUACCAGAGGCGAAAGAUGAUAUGAACUCUGCUUAUUCAUUGAGUGUUGAGGCAGCCUAUAUUAAUCAGAACUUUUCACAGCAGGUUCUAAUUAGAGAUGGGAAUAAGGUUGCCUUUGAUGAACCAAACCCAUUUGCAAAUGAAGGAGAGGAAGUUGCUUCUGUUGCUUAUAGGUAUAGGAGGUGGAAACUUGAUGAUGAUAUGUAUCUUGUUGCUAGGUGUGAGGUGCAGAGUGUUGUGGAGGUCAACAAGCAGAGGUCAUUUUUGACACUGAAUGCUCUCAAUGAGUUUGAUCCUAAAUAUUCCGGAGUUGAUUGGAGACAGAAAUUGGAGACUCAAAGAGGUGCGGUUUUGGCUACUGAAUUGAAGAACAACGCGAAUAAGUUAGCUCGAUGGACUGCUCAAGCGCUUUUGGCAAGUGCAGAUUUGAUGAAAUUAGGUUUUGUUUCGAGGGUUCAUCCAAGAGAUCAUUAUAACCAUGUGAUAUUGGCUGUUCUUGGGUAUAAGCCAAGGGAUUUUGCUGCACAGAUUAAUUUGAAUACAUCAAACAUGUGGGGAAUUGUGAAGAGUAUUGUUGAUUUGUGUAUGAAGUUGAAUGAGGGCAAAUACGUUUUGGUUAAAGACCCAUCAAAGCCACAAGUGAGAAUUUAUGAAGUUCCUGCUGAUGCUUUUGAGAAUGAUUAUGUGGAGGAGCCUUUGCCUGAGGAAGAGCAAGUUCAGCCCCCUGGCGAGGAGACCGAGAAUGCAAAGGCAGCAACUGCUGCAAAUGAUGUUGAAGAUAAAAAUAUUUCUGCUCAAGCUUAAAGUGCAGAUUGGCUAUGAACUGGGGAUGUCAUACUGUUUUGCAAUAUGGAGCAUAUUCGCACUCCCCAACAUUGAAUCCUCCUUUUUUUAUCUUUUUCUUUUUUGGGUUAAAAUUUGGUUUUGUAAUCUUAGAUGGUUUAUUUAUCAUAUUGAGCACAGUUGUAUUCAGGAUCUAGCUCUUGAUUUAACUCAUCCAAGAAUUUUAUUUUCUUCA